AUGAAGCUCCUCAACCUCCCUGAAGAAAUCCUCUAUAUCAUUUCUACAUACGUCUUAGCUAGAGACAGAGUUGCUUUGCUGUCCGCCAGUCAAAAAUGUAGAGAAUUCUUUGAGCCAAUUCAUUAUCGGCAGGACGCCCAUGGCAAGAAACCAGUUGCACUAAUAUGGGCCUCGGAAAACGGCAAUGUUCGGACCAUAAAGAAAGCUAUCGCGGCUAGUGAUGGCGUUCACAUCCCCCGAGGAGAUGACGAUCGAGGGCCACUGGCAGUAGCGGCGAAAGCAGGUCACAAGCCGGUACUAGAGCUGCUCCUCGCAGCAGACAUAGCAGAUCCGAAUGAGAGAGACGACUACUGUCAAACUCCCUUGUCGCUAUCCUCAUUUAUGGGACAUACGGGCGUAGUGACGUUACUGCUUUCGGUCAGCGGAAUCAACCCCGACCCCAUCGAUAAUUAUGGUCGAUCGGCGCUCUCCCUUGCCGCUGAGGCUGGCCACGUGGGUGUUGUGGAACUCUUUCUUAGCAUUGAGGGGGUUGAUGCCGACUCUAGGGACGUUGAUGGACAGUCGCCGUUUUGGUUCGCCAUCGGCAACGGUCACAAGGAAGUUGUAGACCUCCUCAUAGGAACAGGGAGGGUUGACAUCGAUAUGAGGGAUAACGAUGGCAAUACGCCUCUCGCAUGGGCAGCUUGGAAAGGCAAUUCGGACAUGGUGGAGCUCCUUCUAGCUACUAAGGGGGUCAAUCCUAGUUCUCGGAACAAUAAGGGCCAGACUGCCCUUACUACCGCAUGUAUAAAUGGGAAUGAGGGUGUUGUCAAGCUCCUCCUUGCUACAGAGGGCGUAGACCCCGACUCAAAAGAUAACUCCGGCUCAACUCCGCUUCUUUUUGCAGCUAGCGGGGGUCAUAAAUCUGUGGUGAGGGCACUACUCCAGACAGGGCGCGUCGAUAGCAACCAUAUAAAUAAUGAGGGCAAUACUGCGAUAGCGGAAGCCUUAUGGAAUCAUCAUCUAGGUGUCGUUGAGCUCCUAGAUGGCUGGGACAAUAUGCGUAGGAUUCAAAUCUCUAAAUAG